AUGAAGCUCCUACAGCCUCUCCUCGCCGUCUCGGCCCUCGCCACCGGUGUCCGAGCCUCGCAGAAAGUCGUGCCCGUCCCCUUCUCCCGCCAGGCAGAGAGACGGACCGGCCUACGCAGGCGCGCCGGCACAUUCUCCCAGGAGCUGAACAACAACCUGACCGGCGGCGGCUACUAUGCCCAGGUCACCGUCGGCACCCCGCCCCAGCCCGUCAACCUGAUCCUCGAUACCGGCAGCAGCGACGUGUGGGUUCUCGAUAGUCGCGCGAACCUCUGCAACUCGGAGGCCUUGCAGCUGUACUACGGCGACUGCCUUGCCACCUACGACCCUUCCCAGAGCUCCACCUACUCUCUCGUCUCGGACGACUCUUUCAGCAUCCAGUACGUCGACGGCUCCGGCGCUGAGGGCAACUACAUCAAGGACAACCUAAGCAUUGGGGGCGCAAACAUUACCGCAUUGCAGAUGGGCCUUGCCGAGAACUCGACCAUUAAUUCCGGUCUUCUGGGCGUCGGCUUCUCUGCCAACGUCGCUGCCACCAAGCAAUACCCCAACAUCAUCGAUAUGUUUAUGCAACAGGACCUGAUCGCGAGCGAGGCCUACAGCUUGUACCUGGACGAUCUACAUGCCGAGACGGGCACCAUUCUCUUUGGCGGGCUCGACACGGCCAAGUUCAUCGGCGAGCUGAAGGCUGUGCCCAUACAGCCCGAUGCUGAGACCGGCACCUAUUCCUCCUUCACUGUCGCCCUGAGCUCCUUCACCACCACGGCCGACAACGGCACCGUCGCCAACUACACGCGCGCCGCCGCCAUUCCCGUCAUUCUCGACUCCGGUACCACCUUGACCUACCUUCCAUCCAGUAUAGCAGACAGGGUCUUUGACGCCUUUGGCGCAUACGACGACACCAGCUCCGGGGGCACCGGUCUCGUCUACGUCGACUGUGGCUAUCUGUCCGAUAGCAAGAACCUGACAUUUGACUUUCAGUUUGGUGGUACGGACGGACCGCUUAUCCGAGUCCCCAUCGACGAGAUGAUCCUAGACAAUGUGGACUCCUAUACCGGGCUUGGGCUCCAGGUACCAGAUGAUCUGCCCUUCGAUAACGCCUGUAGCUUCGGGCUCCAGGCAAACCAGGGCUACUACCUGCUCGGCGAUACCUUUCUGCGCUCCGCCUACGUCGUCUACGACCUGAGCAACAAGACUAUCGCCAUGGCACCCGCCAACCUGAACAGCACCGACACCCAUGUGGUCGAGAUCACCAAGGAGUCCGGGAUUCCCCUCCUUAGUGGCGUCGCAUCCCAGGUCACCGCCGAGCAGACCGCCACGGGACUGCCAGGCAUCAGUGGCAACAGUGCCUUGCCUACCGUUACUGUCACUUCGACUGGCUCGCCCAGUGCUUCUUCGACCGGCAAUGCCGCCGCUCGUGCCGUACCAGCGCCGAACUGGGAGGCUGCCGCCGUGGCUACCAUCGCCGCCGGCUUUGGUCUCGUGGGUGCCGGGUUGAUUUUAUUAUAG